CGGUAAAACUAAAAGGAAACUUGAGGCAAUUCCCUUUUUACUGCUGCAUCAGUCAAAUUGAGGAAAACACAUUAAUUGGAAGAGAGGGGAGUUCGUGGGCUUUCUCAGAAAUCGAAGAUUUGUUUUAGAUUGAGAUCUGAAUAAAAGUUUUUCCAUUUUGUGACAAAAUCGUCGGGAGGAAACGUAUCGAGGCCCUUUCUUCAAGAGGGUCUUCUUCUUCUGUCUCCUUCUUCCAGAUCUCCAUCCUCUCCAUCUUUCCCUUUCUCGGAUUUGUGUUCAGUGAAUCUGAUUUGUGACUCGAACAAUGGGCGUUGAGGUCGGAAAGUCUGAUGGAUUCGAGGUUGCUUCCUCGCCCUUCGAGGGUAAGGCCGAGCAGAACGGGAAGCUGGUCCACGGAAAAGGGGAGAAAGUCUCAAUCAAGUUUGGUUCGCAUGAUGAGCCGAGCAAAGGGGAAGAAAACAAUAACGUUUUCGGCUCUGAUACCCCGAAAGACAUAAUCGAAGAAUGGCCUGCGGCCAAGCAGGUCCACAGUUUCUUCUUUGUCAGGUAUCGCCCUUUCGAGGACCCGAAGAUAAAAGCUAAGCUUGAUCAAGCUGACAAGGAGCUUCAGAAACUGAACCGGGCUCGGGCCGGAGUUGUGGAGGAGUUGAAAGCUAAGAGGGCUGAGAGAUCGGAGUUAUUUGAUAUACUGGAGCCAUUGAAAAAUGAGCGUAAAGGAUUCAAUACCAUUUUCGAUGAGAAGAGAAAGGAAAUGGAGCCAUUGCAGCAGGCACUGGGAAAGCUGAGGAGCAACGAUGGUGGGGGGCGUGGCAUUGCUCUCUGUUCAUCCGAGGAAGAGCUGAAUGAUACGAUAUACAGCUUGCAAUACCAUAUUCAACAUGAAAGCAUCUCGUUGAACGAGGAGAAGCAGAUUCUCAAAGAGAUCAAGCAGCUCGAGGGCACGAGGGAGAAGGUCAUUGCGAAUGCAGCCAUGAGAGCCAAGAUCAAGGAGGCUAUGGGUAAGAAAGAAGAUAUCCAAGAUCAGGUUAAGUCAAUGGGUGCUGAUUUGGACGGAGUGAAAAAGGAGCGGCAAGCGAUCUCAGGCAAGAUCAAUCAGCUGAGUGAGAAGGUGAAAGCUAUUAAAGAUGAGAUCCAGUUGCUGGAGAAUGAGCUGAAGGUUGUGACCGACAAGAGGGACAAAGCUUUUGCAAACAUUCAAGACCUCCGGAAACAACGUGAUGAGUCGAAUUCCAAAUUUUACCAAAGCCGAGCUGUCUUGAACAAAGCUCGGGAAUUGGCUGCUCAGAAGAACAUAAAAGAUCUCGAGGCGCUCUCACAUGCCGAGGUCGACAGUUUCAUGUCCCUCUGGUGCAGUAAGAAGAACUUCAGAGACGAUUACGAGAAAAGAAUCUUGCCGUCGUUGGAUGCUAGGCAGCUGAGCCGAGAUGGGCGGAUGAGGAACCCCGAAGAGAAGCCUCUGGUUACACCAGAGGCACCGCCAUCAAAGGCAAUGCCUUCUGAUACCGAGGUUCCGCCUAAAGCUAAGGCGAAACAGCAUAAGGAGGAUUCGGGUUCCGCCCCGAAGGCAGAAGUUAGGGUUUCCCAGAAGACGCAGAAAGAAACCGGGGAGAAAGCCAAAGACACAGGCAAAGUAAAGAAUACUGCAGAUGAUGACGAUGAUGAAGAUGAGGUAUAUGGACUGGGAAAACAGCAGAAGGAAGAGAAAAAGGCAGUUGAUGAAGCUACACUGAAGGAGAUGAGAAGGCAGGAGGAGAUUGCGAAAGCCAAACAGGCCAUGGAGAGGAAGAAGAAGCUGGCUGAGAAAGCUGCUUCGAAAGCUGCUAUAAGAGCUCAGAAGGAAGCUGAGAAGAAAGAAAAGGAGCGUGAGAGGAGGGCCAAGAAGAAAGCUCCAGAGGCCGAGGCUGCAGCCGAGGAAGUUGCAGAAGAUUCUGGGCCGGAGAAGAACGAAGUGGAAGCUGCUUCUGUUCAAGAGGAGAAGAAACCCGAGAAGGAGAAAGCCCCGAAGGAGAAGCCGAUAAGGAACAGGAUCCGCACCCGAGGCCCCGAGACGCUGCCAAGAGCGAUCCGCAAGCAGAAGAAGUCUACUAAUUACUGGGUUUAUGCUGCUCCUGCUGCUGUUCUCUUCGUUAUCCUCCUUCUAGCUCUCGGUUACUACUAUGCUUUCUGAGAUCAAAUGAGAGGGGGGGAAAAAAACUAGGACGAAGGUGAACGAGCAAAAGACCUUAUGCCCUCGUUUUUUUUUUGUAGUUUGGGAUCUUGAUCUUUUUUUUUUUAAUUAAGUUCGUUUCGUCCUCUAUGAGGGAUGGACUCCAAAACUCAUAAGCCUUGAAUCGUUUCUUCUACCAAGACUUGAUGAAGGGUAUGGUAAUGUAAGGAACCAAAUUUUAAUUUUAAGUUCUAUAUCAA